GCAAACUGCGGAAGGGCAGGCGUCUUAGGACGGCCUGGAUCCCUGAGCCCUCUCCUUGGCACCCGCAGGCCUGCGUCGCCAUGGGCUCCACCGCUGCCCCGGAGGGAACGCUGGGCUACGUCCGCGAGUUCACUCGCCACUCCUCCGACGUGCUCGGCAACCUGAAUGAGCUGCGCCUGCGCGGGAUCCUCACUGACGUCACGCUGCUGGUUGGCGGGCAACCCCUUCGAGCUCACAAGGCAGUUCUUAUCGCCUGCAGUGGCUUCUUCUAUUCAAUUUUCCGAGGCCGUGCAGGAGUGGGGGUAGACGUGCUCUCCCUGCCCGGGGGCCCCGAAGCCGGAGGCUUCGCUCCUCUUCUGGACUUCAUGUACACUUCACGCCUACGCCUCUCUCCGGCCACUGCACCAGCCGUCCUUGCGGCCGCCACCUACUUGCAGAUGGAACACGUGGUCCAGGCAUGCCACCGCUUCAUCCAGGCCAGCUAUGAACCUCUGGGCAUCUCCCUGCGGCCCCUGGAGGCAGAACCCCCCACGCCCCCAACGGCCCCUCCGCCAGGCAGUCCCAGGCGCUCCGAAGGGCACCCAGACCCACCUACUGAGUCUCGCAGCUGCAGUCAAGGGCCCCCCAGUCCAGGCAGCCCAGACCCCAAGGCCUGCAACUGGAAAAAGUACAAGUUCAUCGUGCUAAACUCUCAGGCCUCCCAAGCAGGGAGCCUGGCAGGGGAGAGGAGUUCUGGUCAACUUUGCUCCCAGGCCCGGCUCCCCAGUGGAGAUGAGGCUUCCAGCAGCAGCAGCAGUGAAGAAGGACCCAUUUCCGGUCCACAGAGCAGGCUCUCUCCAACUGCUGCCACUGUACAGUUCAAAUGUGGGGCUCCAGUCAAUACCCCCCAUCUCCUCACACCCCGGGCUCCAGAGACCACUGGGUCACACUCUGGGCGGGCUCAUCCACCACCAGGAAGUGAAUUUUUCAGCUGCCAGAGCUGUGAGGCUGUGGCUGGGUGCUCAUCGGGGCUGGACCCCUUGGCUCCUGGGGAUGAGGAUAAGCCCUACAAGUGUCAGCUCUGCCGGUCUGCCUUCCGCUAUAAGGGCAACCUGGCCAGCCACCGCACGGUGCACACAGGUAGGGGAGGAGCGGGGAGAGGGCCCUGGCCUUGGUGCCCACAGCCGUCCCCUGGUAGAGUCCCUGACCUCCCUUCCUCCCUGCCUCCAGGGGAAAAGCCCUACCACUGCUCCGUCUGCGGAGCCCGCUUUAACCGGCCGGCUAACCUAAAAACGCAUAGCCGCAUCCAUUCUGGAGAGAAGCCCUACAAGUGUGAGACGUGCGGCUCGCGCUUUGUACAGGUAGCGCAUCUGCGCGCGCACGUGCUGAUCCACACCGGGGAGAAGCCCUAUCCUUGCCCCACCUGCGGGACUCGCUUCCGCCACCUACAGACCCUCAAGAGCCACGUUCGCAUCCACACGGGAGAGAAGCCUUACCACUGCGACCCCUGCAGUCUGCAUUUCCGGCACAAGAGUCAACUUCGGCUGCAUCUGCGCCAGAAACACGGAGCUGCUACCAACACCAAAGUGCACUACCACAUUCUGGGGGGGCCCUAGCUGAGCGCCUGCCCAGGCCCCACUCCCUUCCUGGAAGACAGGAAAGCUGCGGCUCACGCCUGGGUUCGCUGUCAGGCUUGGGCAUAGGGGUGUGCAAGGCCCCUCGAUGUCAGCGACUUGCCACCACCUUAAUUUCUCACUGGGGAGAGCAGGGGUGGCAGAUCCCAGCUUGAUCUGCCUUUGUUUUGCUGGUCAAAACCUCUUCCCCACGAUCACAAUUGUUUCUGAGGAGAGAACGAGCUAGGAGCUGGAGGAGGGGAGAGACUGGAGGCCUGGUUUCCACCUGCAGCCCCCAUCUCAUCCGGUUUAUCUGUAAAUAUAAUUUAUUGAGGCCUUUGGGUGGCACCAGGGCCUUCAUUCUAUUGCAUUUCCCAUGUCCCUCUUCCACAAGUGUGAUCAAAAGUGACCUGAAACACAGAAUGUGAGGUCAUGGCUCUGCCGGCAGAGAUUAGCACUUGGCUGCCCCCUUUGGCGUGAGUGUUUUGUAUUAUUAUUGUCAUAACUUUUAUAUUUAGAGUUGUUCUUUUCCUAUUUGCUUGUUGGUUUGUUUCAAAUGGAGAAAGGGGUUCUCUGUGUCCUACCCCUCCAAUUCUAGGUCUGGAAACGUAAUUUGUUCUAGGGCAGCUCUGGGAACAUGUGGGUUUAUGGAAUUGGGUCAGGAACCCUCUCUGGUAUUCUGAAUGUUGUAGGUUUUCUAGCAGGCCAGCACUGGAUUAGACUUUUUCUGUUCUUCAAGGGUUACAGGAACCUAUGGUGAGCCUGAAGUGGAGGUAAUAAGUACCUCCUAGAGGCAGUGGGUGUGGGGCCUUUGUCAGUCUUGGAACUGGGGUGAUGAUUACAGAGGCUUUCUCUUAUGUUCCUAACUGUCCCAUUCGUCUGAUCACCUAGGUCUGGCUCCACUGUGUCUGUUUGAUAGAACUCACCCAGGAGCUUGAGUUGGGCCCACAAUCCUCCCACUAGGGCCCGUUCUUAGCACUGAGUUGAUCCCUCCAUGCAGGAGAGAUCUGAAAUUCCUCACCAGAGAUGAUGCAAUCUUUUCUGAUUCUGCCCAGUCUCUAAGAAUGUUAUGACCUAGGGGAGAAUUAUGAAACCCUUUAUCUUGACUAAACAGUAAAGAGUAUGACUCAUCCUUUACUGCAGAGGUGUCUGGGUUUGAAUGUUCCUUGGGGUUCUACCUGAGAUGAACCUCUUCUUCCUUUAGUAGGUUUUCGGACAUCUUCUGGCAAGUGUCCAGAUUCCAGAAACUUCUUUGCCUCUAGAAGUCACAGCUGCUUGGUAACUUUCUUACCUUAGAAAAGCUGGGUCUGUGACCUGGUCUUCCUGUCACUGCAUUCCUGUCCGGAACCAGUGAAAGCACUAGAACCUUCCACAGGGAGAGAAAAGGGGUUGAGUUCCACUAUGGAUUUUUUGUAGUUUGGGAUUAUGAUCGGAAUUACUGUUGGGAUUAGAGAUUUAGAAGAUUUAAAAGACUGACUGAUGGACCCUCUAGUUGACCAAGUAUCCAGGUAGGAUUAAGAGGUUGGUUGAGGGGCAAAGUCUCUGGUGUAGGCCAAGUAGGUAGAAGGUUAGGAAUGGGUUGCUUCCUAACUGUGGGGAAUGUCUGGAAUGUUAGAUGAUACUCUGAAGCCUGGAUUUACAGUCCUGCCCCUGUUGCCCUGGGGGAUUAGGGACAUGGGGUGGAAGGUAAAAAGCACUUUGAAUUUGCAGGGUGGAGGUUCCUCAAGACAGGUCAGUACUAGUGGCUGUCACUUGGGGACUGGUGAGAGAGCUACUCUUCUCCCUCUUUGCCUCUUACUCCCCACUGCAGAAUUGAAGGAGGUAGGGAAAGCAGAGGAGAGAGCUGAGAAGGAACCAUGAUUUUUUUUUUUUUACCAGAUUGGAUGGGCAGGUGGAGAGUGCCAAGGGGUGGAGAUGUUAGAUCUUGCAAGAUCAGAAUCAUGGAAUAAAGAAGCCUCUCUGUGCUGCC